GUGGUCUAAGUUCUUCACCUCCAUUUAGACUGAAAUCUGCCAGGUUUGCCGUCGGUGCAUUUGAGGAUCUCAGAGACGCCCUGGCAACAAGACUGCAGAUGGUUUGUGUAUUUAUCAUGAACCGUGUGAACUCGCAGAACAGUGGCUUCAGUCAGCGCAGGCGGAUGGCCCUGGGGAUAGUGAUUCUCCUGCUGGUUGAUGUGAUCUGGGUGGCAUCUUCAGAACUCACCUCGUAUGUCUUCACCCAGUACAACAAGCCUUUCUUCAGCACCUUUGCGAAAACAUCCAUGUUUGUUCUGUACCUUUUGGGCUUCAUUAUUUGGAAACCUUGGAGGCAACAGUGUACAAGAGGAUUUCGAGGAAAGCCUGCUGCUUUUUUUGCAGACGCUGAAGGUUACUUUGCUGCUUGCACAACAGAUACCAGUAUGAGUAGUUCUUUGAGUGAACCACUGUAUGUUCCUGUGAAGUUUCAUGAUCUUCCAAGUGAGAAGCUCGAGAGUACAAACAUUGGGACUGAAAAAAUUCCCAAGAAGUCCCGUGUAAGGUUCAGCAACAUCAUGGAGAUUCGCCAGCUUCCAUCGAGCCAUGCAUUAGAGGCCAAGUUGUCCCGAAUGUCUUAUCCUACUGUGAAAGAUCAAGAAUCCAUACUGAAGACUGUAGGGAAACUUACUGCAACCCAAGUAGCAAAAAUCAGCUUUUUCUUUUGCUUUGUGUGGUUUUUGGCAAAUUUGUCAUAUCAAGAAGCACUUUCAGACACACAGGUUGCCAUAGUGAAUAUUUUGUCUUCAACUUCUGGACUUUUUACUUUAAUCCUUGCAGCUGUGUUUCCGAGUAACAGUGGAGACAGAUUUACCCUCUCUAAACUAUUAGCUGUAAUUUUAAGCAUUGGAGGUGUGGUGCUGGUGAACCUGUCGGGGUCUGAAAAAUCUGCUGGAAGAGACACAAUAGGUUCCAUUUGGUCACUUGCUGGAGCAAUGCUCUAUGCUGUCUACAUUGUGAUGAUCAAGAGAAAAGUAGACAGAGAAGAUAAAUUGGAUAUUCCAAUGUUCUUUGGUUUUGUAGGUCUGUUUAAUCUGCUGCUCUUAUGGCCGGGGUUCUUUUUACUUCAUUAUACUGGCUUUGAGGACUUCGAGUUUCCGAAUAAAGUGGUACUUUUGUGUAUCCUUAUCAACGGCCUCAUUGGAACAGUUCUUUCUGAGUUUCUGUGGUUGUGGGGCUGCUUUCUUACCUCAUCGUUGAUAGGCACACUUGCACUAAGCCUUACAAUACCUCUCUCCAUCAUAGCCGACAUGUGCAUGCAAAAGGUGCAGUUUUCUUGGUUAUUUUUUGCAGGCGCUAUCCCUGUGUUUUUUUCAUUUUUUAUUGUUACUCUCCUAUGCCAUUAUAAUAAUUGGGAUCCUGUGAUGGUAGGAGUCAGAAGAAUUUUUGCCUUUAUAUGUAGAAAACAUCGAAUCCAGAGAGUUCCAGAAGACAGUGAACAGUGUGAGAGCCUCAUUCCUAUGCACAGUGUUUCGCAGGAGGAUGGAGCUACUUAGCUGCUGUUGUCUGUAGUCCAGUGUAAUGGAACAUUCUACAGUGAAGAGACAAUCUGGCAAGCUCCUUGUAGAAGUGUUUCAGUGCCUAGUCUGAACAAUACCAGUUUCAGUUCUUUGAAACUCUAAAUACAUUUUCCUCAUGUCUGCUUUCUUCAUUUUCAAAAUGAAGGAUGUUCCAUGUAGGUUUUGUGCAGUCCAGUUGCUCCAAAGGACCAAACCGCCUUACGUAUCAGUUCUGUUGAUGAAAUCACUGGAACUAAUCAAGGAACAAAAUCUUUCUGGGACUCUUAAACAUGCUUGUUCAGACUGAGUAAUACUCUCUCCGAGAAAUCACCUGAGUGAGUAGAUGAGCAUUCUCAGGCGUUGCCUGCUGUGGGUGCAGAUUCUAUUUUCGAGUUUUGUAGAUUGCAAAAUAACCACACAGAAGAAAUGUUAGUUAAUGGAACAAGUAUGUUCAUGCAGAGAUGGUGGGGCUUUAGAGGACAAAUAUUUGAGCAAAGAUCUGGUCUGAGUGCACUCACUGUGUGAUCUCUUCCUGGUGUUUGGUGCCUUGUAUCUUAAAAAAUGUGACAAGCUGUAACAGUUGUACAGGGAAAGAAUUAUAAACUGGAAAAUCAUAUAUUUCUAAAGGCUGUGUGGCUAUAAAUUAGUUAAGAAAGCUCUGUUUAAUUUAGAGUUUUAAAGAAAUAUUCUGUCUUCAAUUAAAUUUUCAUAAUGGAAUGGUUUAAAUUGAAGUGAUAAAGAAUAUUAUUAGGAUAAAAUGUUUGUAUAUGUAUUUGUGUAUUAAAGAUGUAUCAAGAAAUUUUGUAUUUUUUCCACAUAUAAAUUACUCUAAACCUGGGUGCUGCUUCCUUAAACAAUCUUACUUUCCUAAGUAAAUAUGAAUGGUUAAAAUAAAAAAGAAAGGCAAGGAGAUACUCCAGUGAAAAGAUGACAUUUGAUUCUUUUGUCUAUCAUUAUUAAAUCAUGGGACUGGGGUUUCAUCUCAGUUGGUAGAGUGCUUGCCUGGCACAUAUGAAGCCCUGGGUUCCAUUCCUAGCCUACAUACAACAAAUGAAGUGGUACACACCAGUAAUCCCAGCACUCGGGGCGGAGGCAGGAGGAUCAGGAGUUCAAAGUCAUGUAUGGUGAAUUUAAGGCCAGCCUUGGAUAGUGAGACCUAUCUCAAAAUACAUAUAAAAUAUUCCUAACUGUGACUCCUAAAUUGAGGUCUAGGCAUACACCCAGCAUGUGUGCUUCUGGAGUUUCUUCCUGUUGGUGAGCUCAGGUCUGAGGACUCUGACUUCUAGGUAGUCAGAAUCCAAUCCUGUUUCAAGUUAAGUAAGAACCAUUCUCCAAAUCGCUUAAUGAAUCUUAUUUUUAAAAAUUCCCUUUACAGAGUUCCACUUUAUUCUUUUCCUGUUCUUAAAAUUGGUCUGGUGUUAACCUGAAUCUAAAAUAAAGGCUAGCUGUCUGCUUA